AUCAAAACCCACUUUUUGUAAUGAAAGAAUUUUAUUUUUUUUAUAAAAAUCCAAUCUUUUUGCAGUAGUUGAGGUAUCAGUUGUGAAUUGAAAAAUUCAAUUUCCUGCAAAAGCAAAAAAAAAAAAAAUGUCCUCGGAUUUCUCUGGCGGAGUUCCAGACUUUUACGGCGGGAUCAACACCGGAAGAUCCAACAUGAUUCCGAUGAACAACGCCCAGUCACAAAUUCAAUUCCCUCAUCGUUCACCGCUUUCCGGGAUUCUCCCUGAGGGCGCUGUUCAGAACAUCCACGGGAGACCCACUUUCAUCGGCAAACGAUCACUCACCGAGUUUCAACAGCAGCAGCAGUUUCAGUUUCUACAACAGCAACAACACCAGCAGCAAGGUUUGGGAUUUUAUCUUCGUAACGUAAAGCCUAGAAGUUACCAGCAGGCAUCUCCAAUUUCUCCUCUAGAUUUCUCUGCUUCUUCCUCCUCGUCGAUUUCAUCUGAAUUUUCUCCGAUUUCGACUAUUUCCGCGAUGAAUACAGGUCUUACCCUUCCAAUUCUUCAAACCCUCCGUUCACAGCCCGUCAUUUCCACGGCCAACACUAACCCGGAUUGUUCUGCAGUUGCUUCUUACCUAAAUCAGGUACAGAACAGUUUGUGCAAGGAAUCAGAGGAAAAAAUGAUGAAUCGACUGCAUGAGUUGGAGAAACAACUCCUAGAAGACAACAAUGAGGACGAAGACGAUACUGUCUCUGUUGUGACCAACAACGACGAGUGGUCAGAAACAAUAAAGAAUCUGAUUACUCCGACUGGUAACCACCUAUCUCCGGCAUCAUCUACGUCUUCGUGUUCUUCUUCUAUGGAAUCUGCGCCAGUAUCUUCUCCGAAGCAGUCUAUUAUCGAGGCUGCUACCGCAAUAACCGACGGGAAAACCAACGUUGCAGUACAGAUCCUCACGCGCCUCGCACAGGUCGCUGAUGUUAGAGGUUCUUCCGUACAGCGGUUGACGGCGUACAUGGUUUCAGCACUUCGAUCGCGCGUGAACUCCACAGAGUACCCACCGCCGGUGUUGGAGCUGCAUAGCAAAGAGCACGCAAUUUCAGCCCAAAAUCUCUACGAGAUAUCCCCGUGUUUCAAGCUAGGAUUCAUGGCAGCUAAUUUCGCCAUUGUUGAAGCUGUAGCUGACCAUACCUCAAACAAGAUUCAUGUCAUUGAUUUCGACAUAGGACAAGGUGGGCAAUACUUGCAUUUACUCCACGCGCUAGCUACCAAGAAAACAGGUAACCCCGCCAGCUUAAAAAUCACGGCGAUCACAACAGAAUUCAUGGGCAGAAGUGACGAGACAGUUAAAUCCAUUGAAGAUGAUCUGAAAACUCUAGCAAACAAAAUCGGGAUUUCCUUGAUUUUCAACGUGAUUUCGUGUACAAUUACUGAUUUGAGUAGGGAAAAAUUAGGGAUUGAACACGACGAAGCUUUAGCAGUGAGUUUUGCAUACAGACUAUACAGAUUACCUGACGAGAGCGUAACAACGGAGAAUCUAAGAGAUGAAUUGCUCCGGCGAGUGAAGGGGUUAUCACCAAAGGUGGUUACAUUAGUAGAGCAAGAGUUGAACGGGAACACGGCGGCGUUUGUGGCGCGUGUAAACGAGGCGUGUGGGUAUUACGGAGCACUGUUGGAUUCACUGGACGCAACUGUAUCAAGGGAUGAAAUGGGUCGGGUCAAGAUCGAAGAAGGGCUGAGUCGUAAAUUGGCGAACUCGGUAGCGUGUGAAGGGAGGGAUCGUGUAGAGAGAUGCGAGGUAUUUGGUAAAUGGCGGGCCCGGAUGACUAUGGCUGGGUUCGGGCCAAGGCCCAUGAGUCAACAAAUUGCUGACUCACUGCUUAAGAGGCUUAAUUCGGGUCCACGUGGCAACCCGGGAUUCAAUGUAAAUGAACAAAGUGGGGUUAUUUACUUUGGAUGGAUGGGAAAAAACCUCACCGUUGCUUCUGCUUGGUGUUAAACUUGUUAUCCCACGAAUAAAAGUAUUUUAUUUUAUUUUUUAAAAAAAAUUAGUACCUAGUAAAAAGAUGUUGUGAUUAGUGCAUAAAUUUUCAUUGCAAUGUGGUUGUACACUAAAGUACUACUAUUAGAUAUCUGUCAAUUCUUAAAAAAGAGAGGAGAUGGCAGCCUGACACCAACCCAAAAAGAUAGACAGAAUGAAUGUAAUAAUAAUUUGUUAUUCCUAAUGGUUGUUUUUCUCCAUUUUUAUUUUAUUGAUAAGAAUUCUGUUUCUCAUUUUAUAA